UCAGCUGGUGUUGCGGCCACACACAAACACACACACCUAGAGGCUCUCUUUUUGCCGUUUUGUACUUUUUAGUGUGAAACUUUAUCUCCUGUGUUUGCGUGCGCGCGCAACGUUUGCCUGUUGCAGCUCGCGAGUUUUAUUUUUUUUAAUUUUUUUACGGUGGAACUUGCCGCACUCGAGAUGGACUGAAGCGUCAAACUGGGCAAAGCGUGGAUACUUGGAAGCAGGAGAGUGAGGUGAUCCGCGCCGAGAGCCGCCCGGCGGAGGGCUUUAACCCGGCACCAUGGACGAGGACGACGCGCACCAGGAGAACGGCAUCCACGCCACCAAGGACUCGGACCGCCAGCAGCGGCUCAGGCUCUGCGUUUUAAAUGAAAUCCUCAACACGGAGCGGGAUUACGUGCGCACGCUGCUCUUCCUCCAGUCGGCUUUUUUGCAAAGAAUCCGACAGACUGCAGAAGACCAACAGUGCCUCUCACCCGAACAUGUCAAGAUUCUGUUUUCAAAUAUUGAGGACAUCCUGGAGUUGCACAAAGAGGUGCUGUCUGCAGUGGAGGCCAGUCUGCAGCCCGAUCCCCAUCCUCAGCAUGCACUGGGACACGUGUUCCUGCAGUUUAAGCGGAGUUUCUCUGUGUACGGCGAGUACUGCAGUAACCACGAGAAAGCUCUGCGACUCCUCGUGGAGCUCAACAAAAUCCCAAACAUCAGGACCUUCCUGCUGCAUUGCAUGCUACUCGGAGGGAGGAAGAGCACCGAUGUUCCCCUGGAGGGCUACCUUCUCAGCCCCAUUCAGAGGAUCUGCAAGUACCCUCUGCUGCUGAAGGAGCUUCUGAAGCGCACCCCGAAGAAGCACACCGACUACCCGGCAGUGGAAGAGGCUCUGCAGGCCAUGAAGGCUGUCUGCUCCAACAUCAACGAGACCAAGAGGCAGAUGGAGCAACUGGAGGCUCUGGAGCAGCUGCAGUCGCACAUCGAGGGCUGGGAGGGAACCAACCUGACAGAUAUCUGCACAAAGUUGCUGCUCCAUGGAAAUCUCCUGAAAAUCUCGGCAGGCAAUAUCCAAGAACGUGUCUUCUUCCUAUUUGACAACCUUUUGGUUUACUGCAAAAGGAAGUCCAGGGUUUCUGGAAAGAAGUCCAGCAAGAGGACCAAGUCCAUGAACGGGCCCCUGUAUGUGUUCAGAGGCAGAAUCAACACUGAGGUGAUGGAGGUGGAGAACGUGGAAGACGGAACAGCGGACUAUCACAGCAACAACUACACAGUGACGAACGGCUGGAAGAUCCACAACACUGCUAAGAACAAGUGGUUUGUCUGCAUGGCCAAACACGCGGAGGACAAGCAGAAGUGGCUGGACGCCAUCUUGAGGGAACGCGAGCAGAGAGAAUGUCUGAAACUGGGGAUGGAGCGGGAUGCCUACGUGAUGAUUGCGGAGAAGGGGGAGAAGCUCUACCACAUGAUGAUGACCAAGAGCCGGCACCUGAUCAAGGAUCGACGCAGGAAGCUCAGCAUUGUGCCCAAGUGCUUCAUGGGAAAUGAGUUUGUGUCGUGGCUGAUCGACAGCGGAGAGAUCAGCAAUCCGGACGAGGGGGUCAACCUGGGACAAGCCUUGUUGGAAAAUGGCAUCAUUCACCACGUGUCAGACAAGCACCAGUUCAAGAACGAGCAGGUCCUGUACCGAUUCCGCUACGACGACGGCACCUACAAGGCCCGCAGUGAGAUGGAGGACAUCAUGUCCAAGGGCGUCAGGCUGUACUGCCGCCUGCACAGCCUGCACACGCCUGUCAUCAAGGACAGAGACCACCACCUGAAAACCUUCAAAUCUGUGGUGCCCGCCAGCAAACUGGUCGACUGGCUGCUCUUGCAGGGAGACUGCUCGACCAGAGAGGACGCGGUGACGCUGGGCGUGGGGCUCUGCAACAACGGCUUCAUGCACCACGUCUUGGAGAAGAGCGAGUUCAAAGACGAGUCCCAGUUCUUCCGUUUCUAUGCGGACGAGGAGAUGGAGGGAACCAGCACCAAGAGCAAGCAGCUCCAGCGCAAUGACUUCAAACUCAUCGAAAACAUCUUGGCCAAGUCCCUGGUGAUUCACCCUGAGGAAGAAGACUACGGCUUUGAGAUCGAGGAGAAAAACAAGGCCAUUGUGGUGAAGUCUGUCACCAGGGGUUCACAUGCUGAGAUGGCCGGCCUGCAGGUGGGGAGGAAGAUCUUCACCAUCAACGAGGACCUGCUGUUCCUCAGGCCCUUCCCGGAGGUGGAGACCAUGAUCAGCCAGGCCUUCUGCAUUCGACGCUCCCUGAGGCUGCUGGUCGCCACCAAGGCCAAGGAGAUUGUGAAGAUCCCUGAUAACCCAGACAGCCUCUCCUUCAGACUCUGUGGCUCCGCCCCUCCGCAUGUCCACGCCGUCAAGAAAGGUUGGGAGGCGGCGGGGUCUGGUCUUCAGCCCGGACAAGUCGUCCUGAAGGUCAACGGCAACAACGUCAACCACAGUGACUACCAAGAGGCCCUGGAGCACUUUGCGGCGCAGCACACGCACCAGGACCCACCCCAAGUGUGUCAGUGGGUGUAUCGUACCUUUGAGGACGUGGAGGAGCUCCAAAGAGAGAGGGGGGCAGACGAGAAGGAGGAGAGCCCCUUCAGUCCAUAUCCAGCGGAGAACGGUUUGGACCCCGAGGGGGAGAACGGCACCAAUGGAACAGACCACCGGCUGGGCAGACUCUCUCUCUGUGAUGAGUUGCCACUUGUCAGCAUGACGGUAGAUAACGUCCACCUGGAGCACGGCGUCGUAUACGAGUACGUCAGCACUGCUGGCAUCAAGAGCCACGUCCUGGAGAAGAUGGUGGAGCCAAAGGGCUGCUUCAGCCUCACCGCCAAGAUCCUGGAGGCGUUCUCUGGCGACGACAGCCUCUUUGUUCGCAACUGCAGCCAGCUCAUCUCCCAGAGUGACCGAGUAGUGACCAUGCCUCAGUACGAGUUCAGACAAAUCUGUGACAGCAAAUUGGAAAGUAUCCGACAGCGCAUCGGCAGCUACAAGCAGUUUGUCCUGGAGCUGAAGAACAAGGCGUGGCCCUCCUUCAGGCAGGCCGGUGUGCGCCCUCACCCACUGGGCUGCAUGGACUUUGUUCCCACCAACUGCCACGUCAACUUGAUGCAGGUGUCCUACCCCAAAAGCACUACCUCGGCUGGCAGGACCUUCAGCAUCCGCUUUGGGCGCAAGAACUCCCUGUUUGGUCUGGAUCUCGACCAAGCACAACUGAACCCCAUGUUGCACACCCAGCACUGUGUCACCAGUAUGGGCGCUCCCUCCUGGAGCUGCUCCGGCCUGGAUGGGGACGAGGAGGAGGAGGAGGACGACGACGACGACGGGGAGGUGAGGGUAGACGGAGGCGACGGGUCGACGGAGAGCCGGCGGGGCGGCCGCGGGGAAGGCGGGUUGAGCUUCCUGCUCAAGCAGGAAGACACAGAGACCCAGGACGCCUACAUUCACUUAUACAGCCGCCUGGACAUCGCCGUGAGGGAGAUGAGGCAGUAUGUCGCUCAGAUCGACGUCCUCUUGUCGUCUAUCACCGAGCCCACGCAACUCCAAGGGGAGGGUGGGGAGCCCCCGGCCUACGAGCCAAGUCAGCCCCCCUCUCUGGCCCCCUGCGAGGACGCCGUCGACCAGGACAAAGUGGAGCAGGGCGGGAUCAAAAGAGUCUGCUUCAAGGUGAACGAGGACGACCAGGAGGACUCGGGCCAUGACACCAUGAGCUACAGGGACUCCUACAGUGAAUGCAACAGCAACAGAGACUCGGUCCUGUCCUACACCAGUGUGCGAAGUAACAGCUCCUACCUGGGGAGCGACGAGAUGGGAUCAGGGGACGAGCUGCCAUGUGACAUGAGGAUUUCCUCGGACAAGCAGGACAAGCUGCACGGCUGCCUCGAGCACCUUUUCAACCAGGUGGACUCCAUCAACUGCCUACUCAAAGGAGCAGUCAUGUCUAAGGCCUGUGAGGAGACCAAGCACUUUUACUCUGACCACACCCAACCGGAGUUCCGACAAACCGAAGACUGGACGGUUCGCUGUCGCUACAUCAUCCACAAGAACAUCCAGGAGGACCCUUGGAACCUGCCCAGCUCCAUCAAAACCCUGGUGGAGAGCCUGCAGAGAUUUGUGGACGAUGGAAAGAACCAGCUUCUCCUGGCUCUGCUGAAGUGCACAGACACGUCUCUUCAGCUGCGGCGAGAUGUGAUCUUCUGCCAGGCGGCGACGGGCGCCCUGUGCACGCUGGCGGAGCAGCUCCUGGCGGCGCUGCGGUCGCGGUUCAACAACGCCGGCGAGUACCAGGAGGACGGCAAGGAGACCAGCCGCAAGUGGCUGGAGCAGAUAUCUGUCAUCGGAGUGCUGCUGCACUUCCAGUCCACGCUGGCACCACACCUGAAAGAGGAGCGGACCAUGCUGGAGGACACCAAGGCGGCCCUGUUAGACUUGGACAAAGUCACUGUGUUCUUCAGGCAACUGGAGGAUGAGUGUCUAGUCGCAAACACGCCGGUGUGUUACCAGGUGGAGGGCAGCCGGCAGGCCCUGAGGGUCACUCUGUACCUGGACAGCUGUCACUUCAGCGAGCUGCCCACCCGGCUGCAGAACGGAGGCAGCCUCAAGCUGCAGACCGUCCUAUUCACCAGGGCCCUGGAGCGUCCAGAGGGAGGGUCUCAGCACGACUACGCAGCCAUGGAGGAGUUCCAGCAGCGCACCAACGCCGUCUCACUGGAGAAGGUCAAGGCCUACUACCGCAGACUCAGGGCUUUUUAUUUGGAGAAGUCCAAUCUCCCCACGGACUCUAACACCACUGCGAUGAAGAUAGACCAGAUACUGGGCCUUGAAGUUAGAGACCUGCGACCAAGCAUUUCAAAACUCCUUCGACCCCUCAACACGCUGGACGACCUUUGUCGACUGAUGCAGUCAUACGUCAACGUGCGGACGAGCGCCCAAGGCCACCCGUCGGGUGUCAGCGUGCUGUGCGUGUCCUCGGAGCUGUGUAACCGCCUGGGAGCCUGCCACAUCACCAUGUGUGGCACCGGCAUGCAGAGAUGUACCCUGAAUGUGACACUGGAGCAGGCGAUGAUCCUCGCCAGGAACCACGGCCUCAUGCCGCGCUGCAUCAUGCAGACCAUGGAUAUAAUGCGCAAACAGGGAGCAAGAGUUGAGCUUUCUGCUAAAAAUCUCAAGGUAAUGGACCAGAUGCCUCCAUCAUUCCCAAGGCUCUUCAAACUGUGUUUGCCACCGUCAGAUGGAGAUUUCUAAGCAAACUCGUCACUUCAGGAAAGACAUCAGAGAGAGGGUGAAUGUGAAAAAGGAAGAUAUGAUGAUGGAUGUCAAUAGCACAGGUCUCACUGCUUUGUUUUCCAAGAGACGUUUCCCCCAUCUUCCACACAACUGCCCUAGUAAUACAGGGACCAUUCCACCAUGGACACCACACGUCCUCAGUGCAACACACAGGCUAAACUAGACCGUACGAAUGACUAAUAGCUACUAAGGAGCACUUACAAUGAGACUGAUGCAGCCUGAAGCUCCAGACUCAUCUUGUACUGUUUUCCUCGGAACCCGUAGGAUUUCUUUGUCAGACUUGUCUGUCCACCCAAGGCCGACAACUGGAGCAAAAUGCGACCUCAUACAGAAGACACCAACGUUGGUUACGCUCCUAACAGAGCUGUUGCUUUUAACCGGAUUAACCAAACUACCUGUAGCUGGCUGUCAUCCUAAAUGCAGAUGCUAUCCGUUUCGCCUUGGACUGCAUCUCGGGAGAGCUGCCUCUGUCUCUCUUUUUUGGCUGGUGUUCCGCAGGGCUCAACGUUUGGACCCCUAGUAAAAUAGAGUACUUGAACCUUGUAUUCAUGUAUACAGCUACCUGAAUGGAUUUAGAAAGUAGGGAGGGUAAAUAAAAAGACAGAUGAUAACGUGUUGGUGGGGGGGGGGCUACUCUUUCUUUUGCCCUUUGCUUGUGGUUAUUGUGCAAUUACUGUAGGUUUAGCGCGAGUACUGUAUUACUGCACUAUAUGAAGGAUAGUUAUUUAUUGUGUCCAGAAGGAGCAUUUUUAUCCCUUACUUCUACUAUAUCAGGUAUUAAAGAAUCUAAAAGCAUUCCAGCCUACGUAUUGAAUAGUAUUUAAAGGACCAAUGGCAUGCCAUUUCUUUUCUUAGACCUAACUGCUUGUGUAUUUUAUUUAUAUGUAUCGAUUUUGAUCACGCCAGGAAGUGUUACUUGGAUCUUCAGGGAGAGCAAGGGAGGGCAGAUGAACAGAAGCUAGCUAAUCAGGACAAAGGAAGCUAAAGCAAACCAUACGAGGCUGCUUGUCAAUCAGCAGCUAAGUCGACAGGUUGUUAAAUUAUUAAUAUAUUAAUACAAAUGUACUAGUUGAAGGAUUGCCUUCUUAACUACGACAUUAUUUAGAUUCAUUUAAUUGGUUUUUACGUGUUUUUGAACUGUUGUUUUCACUGGGGGUAUUAAAACAAGCACAAUAAUUGGUCCAUUCAAGUUUUAGUGAUGAUGCAAACAAAGGGAUCGUUUCUGGAUUGAAACAGUAACAUUAUUUUACUGAACAUUUUAAUUUCUUGGACAUACCGACUGUAAUGAUGUCAGAGGGGGGAAAAAAGAUCUGAUAUGUCUGAGUUAUGCUAUAACUUAAAUUGGAUUUUUUUUUUAUGGACACAGUAUAUUAUAUGAAACCUUUUGUAUUCAUGCCUGUGCAUUGGGAGAGAAGCGUAUUUGCAGAGAAUAACCUCACUGACAACUGGUUUUUGACCCUUUAAAAAGAUUUGAGGAGCAUUUCAUGAAUCUGUCUUGACAUGCUACACUCAUUAGGCAUAUCACUUAGUCCUUUUUAAUUUAUUUAAAAGCAACUGGUUCCAAAUGAGCAUGUUGAAAUAGUCUCUCCACAUCCCUUGGCCUAUAUUCUACUUCCCUCUUUUAGCAUAAGAGGCUUUGUGGACAUUUGCAUGAUCAUCUCCCUUAUAAAAUGCACCGUUAAUCUCAGGAGUGUGCAUUGUACAAACCCCAAAAUGCAGUAUUGGUUACCAUAAUCGGAUGUCAAGCAUGUGUUGCCAGUAAAAAGAUCUGAUGACUGCAGCGUGUUUCUGUAGCCAGACAGAUAAAUGUAAAUGAUUACACAUUUCUUUACAUUAUUCUAAUGUUUUUUUGUAUAUACCUUAUUUGCAAUUUUAUUUUGCUUGAAAAUAACUGUACAAAGGAUCUUUGUUGAAUCUUUCUAAGAUUAUCAUUGUAAAUGCGAUAACAAGCUGUUAAAUAAAAUGUUCACAGUGUGAUGAUGUUUCAGCAAAGCA